GCGCUUUCACCCCUCCCAUCUCGGACUCGUGCAACAGCAACCCGCUUCUGAACAUGGCUGCGCCCAUCUCGCAGCAGUUGCAGGAUUUAUUAAACCCUUUCCCCAAAUUCCAUGAUCCCGAAGACGACGAGGAUGAAGCUACCAAGGCCAAAGUAAUAGAAACAUUUGAUGAAGGUGAAAAUGAUGACGGAGACUUGGCUGUGAGCUCACUGCGAAGUCGUGCCUCUCUUAUUUCUCUCUUGGAUACUGACAGGAGGUAUUCAGGAAGAGCCACAACACGUAAGGAACUUCUGGCAGAGUUUGAAGAUUCUGGGGAAGAAAAUGAAUCAAAAGAGGACAUUGAAACAUUAUCUGAGGAAAAUAGUCUGCUGUCUGCUGAUUAUAACUCGGAAUACAAUAAAAGUAAUGAAGGGGUUAAGAUACUGGAUGAUCGAAUUAAAAGUCUGAAGUCUGUAAGUCUGGGAAGCAGUGUGGAAGAAGACGAGGAUGAAUCAGAAAAUGAGAAGGGAUCAGGAGAUAGUGAGGAAGAGAAUGGUGAUGAGGAUGAUGAGGAUGUUGAAGAAAGUGGGAAUGAAGAUGAUCAAGAGAGCAAUGAUGUGAAGACUUUCUCAGAAGAACAUGUGAAUAAGGAAGUUGAGAAAGGGAAGGCAGUGAAGGACCAGCUAACUUUGUGGGACCAAAUUUUAGAAGGUCGCAUCAAGUUGCAAAAGGCAGUGUUAACAGGCAAUCGACUUCCAGAGCCUCAUACGUUUCCUGUCUUUAAGAAGAUGGGAGGCUCAGAGUUUGCUGCUGCUCAGAAGAAUGCUCACAAAGCCCUAAAAGCCCUGCAGAGGUCACUUCUGGAGCUGCAAGACGAGUUGUUCUAUCAGCAUCCUGACACAAAGAAUUUAGUUGACAACAAGGAGAGUACAGAUGACAGCGGUGAUGAUGUUCCCAGUGAGAAUGAUGAAUUUGAAGAGCAGCAAGAGGAAGUUAAUCCAAAAAAAGGCCCACCCAAACGCAAACUAGAAACAAGUGAAUUCCCAGAAUUCAUAGCAAAACGUUUUAAAGCAUUCCAAAGGUAUCGCAACAGUACACUGCAGAAGUGGCAUGACAAGACCAGACUGUCAUCAGGCAAGAUAGGCAAGGCCUUUAGUGCAUUUGAUCGCAAUAUCCUUUCUCAGAUUGACCAGAUCAUGAUGGCAAAAGACAGACUACUAAAACGAACCCAGACUAAGCGAUCCAUGUACAGGGUUCUUGGGCAUCCAGAACCAAAGCCUGAUGAUGUACUCCUGAAAGAGAGAUUGCAGGAACAACCAGAAUCUGAAUGUUUAGAAAAAAAUGCAACCUCAAUGAAAGAGUUUAAUGAAGAGAUUUUUGAUGAUGAUGACUUCUACCAUCAGCUUUUAAGAGAGCUGAUUGAAAGAAAAACGAGUGCUGUUGAUCCCAAUGAUCAGGUGGCAAUGGGCAGGCAAUGGCUGGCUAUUCAGAGGUUACGAAGCAAAAUUAAGAAGAGGGUAGAUACCAAAGCUAGCAAAGGACGAAAAGUCAGGUUUCAUGUUCACAGCAAGUUAGUGAAUUUUAUGGCACCUAUUGCCCAGAGUCCAGUGAAUGAUGAUGCCUGGAUGGAGCUGUAUAAAUCAUUAUUUGGGAAAACGACACCAGCGACACAUCCAGUGGACUUGCAGGCCACUUUCAAGCCCUGACAGCCUGGUUCACGAAGACCCAAGGUGUUUGUCUGAUCACUUGGUUGCCACAGAUCUUAAGUAAAUGUGGAUAAAUAAGGACUUUUACUUUCAUUUGUACCAUCCUGUGGCAGCUCGGAUUCACUUGAGAUUAUGUGAGUGGUGCACCUGCCGAACUUCAGUCUGGUGUGAGCUCAGUAUGCAGCUUGAGGAACAACAUCCCAUAUUGGCCAAGUCUUUAGGAGUGAACCAAGACAACUGCUGUUUACCUGCAUGGCAGCAGAGGGCGGAGAGGACAGGACUACUUGUUCUGAUGCUUUUUGUUAUUCUCUCGAUACUCCAUGAUGUUUUUCAUUUCAUUUUCAGCAACUAAUUGAUGUGCCACAAGAUGCUCUUCACAUAUUGUCAAUCAUUAUUUUGCCUUUAUUUUGUUUGGUUGUUCAGAAUGGUUCAUGGGGUGGCUAGAAGCAUUUGCCUGUUAGCUGGAACCGUUUAUCUUUAUUUUCCUUAGUCUUUGUGCAUUUCUGACAAGCACAUUUUUAUUAUUAUUUCUCAAAUGGUUCAGCCGUAAACCUUGGAAAUGGCCAGCAUCCGAGACUUGGAGAUGCCGACACAGAAAACUGCCUGCUCAACAAUCACCAUAGCACAUUAAAGUAUUUUAUAAUAUAAUAUAAAGUCUAGCGAGUGUAAGGCGCACACAUUCUUAGGCAUGUUGUGAUUCUGUGCUUCUCUAUUUUGAGACAAACAACUUCAUUUUCUAGCAUGUCUCUAAUUAGCUGCAGAAUUAGUGAUGCUGACGUUCCUCCAUAGAUCACCAAGAGCCUCCAGGGAGGCCGGCGGAAUAGAGCAAGUCGCGUUUCCAAUUAUUGUGUUGAAUUGCUAAUUUAGUUAUUGUGCCUGCCGUAAUUGUGGUGGGUAUUGGCUGCUGCGGUUCAAUUUGUUUUAAAUAUUUGUGGGGUGACGGAUCAGUAAUGGAGCUGACCUAUCUGCAUGCCACUAUGAAGGAGACUAAAACAAAGCACAACCUACAAAGCCAAGCUGUCAUUCAGCUCAUUUUUAAGUUUGAUCUCGCUCAGUCCCUCUCAGUACUGUUCAAGUUAAGAAGCUUGAAAUUUCCCCAAAAGAAAAAUAUGACUUUGAUCAUGGGCAGCUUAAGAGUCCCCAGCUUUAGCAUCUCGUUGAUUGUUUCAAAUGGUGCCUGCCUUAAAAACUGAAAAGGAUGGAAGAAAUCCAUUUUGUCUGGGACAACCGUUUACCACGGAGUACCAAAUCUGUCUAAUUCUGAAGCCAGGUACAUUUGGCACCUACUUUUGACUGUGAACUGAAGAAAAUUCUCCACCUUGUUAUGUAAGGCUGCUUUCUAGAAGUACACUUUAUUAAAAUAAACCACACAAUCUCACCAUUUUUAUAACUACAUUGUUUAUUGACACAUUAUUGUCUGGUCAUGACAAGUUAAAUUACAGACAACAGCUCAUUAUACUGAGCAUUCCAUUACUUCUCUAAUACAGUUGGUGUUUUCAUCCAGAAACCCCAGCGCCGAGGAUUUUGUUUUCACACAAGGCAGCAUUUCUCUCAUUUUCUUUACCUUUCCACAAAAAACAUCAGACAUGCAUCCCAUUGUAAAUGCAGGGAGGAAGAUGCUGCUGCCUUGAUUUCUGCUAUGGUGGAAGUACCAUAAGGCAUGGUAUCUCAGCUUGUCUAACCGUCACAAGUGAAGAGCUUAUUUAUUAUUUUAUGACCUGCCACACCAUCCCUUUCUUGGUUUUUGAAAUGUCCCCCUCAUUGCCCCAGUGCUGCGCUACAUUGUCAGUUAUCAUCCCAUUCGACUAGGACACCAAGAAGUGUUUCAUAGGGCUAGAUCUUACCUUGUUAUCAACAACUUCUGUAUGUUUUUUUGGAAGAACUAAUGUUAAUUAAACUCACAUUUUGUAUUUUAA